AUGAUGCUUGUGCAGGGAAGAAAGUACACAACGCUACUUCCAUCUCUUACAGAUUUGCUGGCCGUUGAGGAGAAUCUAAAAUGUAAAUUGAACAAGUUUGCAUUCGACGAAGUCGGAAGGAAACCAUCUGGAACGGUGACAGGGACGACACUAUCACGUAAGCCAGUUGCGCUUGCUCCACCCCUUUUGGCUCCACCUUACGCUCAGGUCGAUACUUCGUCUUCACAGGGUAGCACAAGCGGGAGCGAAUCUCUCGGGACGUCACCCGUAACCCACAGAAUAAGAAAACGCAGAAAUACAAACAGCAGUAAUAAUAGUGAAAGGCGACACGUGUGUCGAAUCUGUUAUAAGGGUUUUACGACGAGCGGCCAUCUAGCAAGACACAAUAGGAUACACACUGGUGAGAAAAAUCACGAAUGUCCGUACGAAGGCUGUGAUCAAAAAUUUAGCAGACACGAUAACUGUAUUCAGCAUUACAGAGCGCAUGUCAAGAGGGAACUGAGGGUGUCAGAAGCUCUACGAACUGGAAAUAGUAAUACUAGUAGCACUGCAGGUGGUGCCGGUAUAUAG